CUUCUUCAUUGGACAAGCAAAAACGGGGUGUGAUCCUGCGCCAUGCCGAUGACUCCGGUUGUUGAUCUAUAAAAUUGUCAAGACUCAAGACCGAAAAAGUGUAUAUGUGAUACAAAAAAAAGUUUGUUUUUAUUAUAAUGUAAUUGUGCACUAAAUAGUACUAAAUACUAAAGACAAUGAAUGGAAAUACGUUUCGGCAGUUUGUGUUUGUAAACAAACACGAUAAUGAAGCUGUUGUGGAUUAAAAAAAUUUAUUAUUUUAGUUGUCUUGUUAUGCAAAAAAUGACAAACAGAAUGAAUAAAUCGGAAAAAAUAAGCUAAUUUAUUAGUAUUCCGUAAUUAUUCUAUCUUUUUAUCGGCAGAAAAAAGAUGGACGACAAAAAAGUACUUAGAUUCGGCGGCUCGAAAGUAUCAGAAAUCGCGAACAUAUUCCAAGCCAUGACGCCCGGCCAAAAGGAAGAAGCCAUCAUAGCGUCGGUACGCAAACGGCACAGCAGCCACAACGCCGCUGCCGAAAAAAUAGAAGCAGACGCCGCCACUAUAACUGUCAUGCGAACACAAUCUCACGUGACCAGAUUCAACAACGCCAGAGCGCUCUUCGAGAAGCUGGGUGAAGAGAAUCGCAAAGAAAAAGUCAUACCGUUGCAGGCCACCAGAAGUGCUUCUAACAUAUUGGAUUCCAGAUCUCGAAGCAGUUCGAACAGCGAUGGCAGAGACGCCAAAACGUAUCUCAGAUCGCAAUCUUCAUCUCCGGUCAACGAUAAUUUCGAGGAAUGUCACAUUAAUAUCACGAAAACUAACGGAUUCAAUUUGAGCGAUUUAGAGACGAACGCUAACGGUUCCGCCGACAUCAAAGCGGACAAACCGCCUCUCACCAAGAAACCCGAAAAGCCCGAAAGGAAAUUUAACAGCAAGGAAUUGAUAGAACGUCAAAGGAACUGGACCUCGCAUUUUUCAAAGACUCGCACCAGCAGAUACAACAGCGAUCCCAACAAGAACGACAUCCGAUUGGGAAUCAGUUUGGAUAAAGACAUCAUGGAAAGCAAGCCCACGGUUACGGCUACGAGAAGCGCGUCGUUUAGCACCAGGCUGAAGAGCCCUACGACUUCGCCGCCGCCACCGCCGCCUCCGAUAAGAACCGAGGCGUCCAGGAGACAAAAUUUUGUGAAAAAAGAUCGGCCUGCCUCUGUUAUACCUACUACGACAGAUAGUAAUUUCAUCAGAGACGAGAUUUCGGCCGAUUCCUCGCAACAAAUUCUUGUGGAACCCGACAACGAUAUGAAAUGUUUGAAUCAGCGGGAAGAUUCUUCUUCGAAUACCGAAUUGCGAAGAGAUAAUUUUACCGAUGGAUGUUCGGUUCAGGUGCAAGAUGCGUCUAUGUUGAUGGCUUCGCAGAACGUCGUUUCUAAGUCUCCGUUGGAGGAUAAGGAAGCCAGUAGGGAGAAUUUGUCUGCAGCUUCGGGUAGUUUGUCUUCGCUGAGUCCGCCUAGUAGUCCGAGUAAGAUGAAAUCAGAGCAGGAGAAGCAGGAGCAGGAGAGCAACGAGAAGAGUCUUAUAGGCAACGAACUUCCGAAACCGGACCAAGCCACAUCCGAACCGCUAGUGCUCGUACAAAAAAGAACGAAAGUCAGCAGCAUAUCGCUAAACAUCCCAGCCGCUGGCCUUGGCAGUCGCCCCUCCUCCAUCAUAAGCACAACCACUUCGGACGAAGGCGGUUUCAACGAACCAUCUCCAAAAGUAGAAGCCAGGCUUAAACCACACGAAGAGUCCAUAUACGACUUCCCCUUGAACGAAGACAAGCCGUUGGAGUAUACCGACUCGCCAGAGGAUGUCAGCGAGUACCAAGAUUCCAAAAUUUGUGAACCGAGCCCGCCUAAGCUUACGCCUGCCGAAAUUGAGGCUUUAUACGCGGUGCCGCACAAGAAACCCGCGCCUCCGGUUGACAGCAAACCCCCCAUAGCACCUCUAAAUGUAGAAAGCACAUCUUCAGACGAAGACGCACCUCAUUAUGCAGUACCGUAUCGACCGCACACAAUUAUCCAGCAGAAAUCCGUAACGUCGACAGAUUCCGAAGUAUCUCAAGUGACUGUGAUACCCCAAAGGUCCAUCGACUCCGAUUUAAUGUACCACAACCAAUCGCAAUCCGCCAACCAAGCAGUAUUAACCCAGUUGGAUAGUUUCGAAAACAAAUCUGAUUCCGAUAGCGGUACUUCCAAGCGUUCAGAACCGUUUAUAAUCAAUCGCGAGGUACUGCAAACGUGUGAUAGGGCCGUACGGUCGCCCGAAAUACGAAAGGCUGAAGCUAAUAUAUUGGAUUUGAAUGACGUGGAGUAUGCGGACGCUAGCGAUGGAGAAGAAGAAAUCGAUGUAUGUAAUGUGGUGGAGAAGGUGCGAAUGGUAGCUGAUCCUGAUGAUAUGACGCCCGACGAAGCCGAGAAUUUGCUGAGUGCCAAGAUUUUGGAGAAGCAGAACCGGUCGCAAUUGCUGUCUGACGAAGAAGCUCAAGAAGUGACCAGGCUACUCAACUCCAAAGAGAGCAAAUCCAAUCGAUGGCUGCCAAACGCAACAAGUACUGUCCUUCAGGAUUCCAUUACUGCUUCGACACACGAUUCUUCUGGACCAGUUUCCUUGAAUGAUAGCUGCGGCCCGCCUUCCUUACAGGAAGAACCGGCAGAAGAACCUUCAAACGAGCGCUUCAACUCUGACUGUAAUAUACCUAGUGAUGAAUUGAUUAGCACAAAAUUGGAUAGCCAGAUAAAAUCCGUUGAGCCGUUAUCGCAGUAUUACGAAUCAACCGAAAGUCUGACUUCGACUCAGGACGAAGAGGAGACGUCUAAAGUCGAGAUCGAUACCAGCGUCACUGAUUCAGGACUAAUAGAUUCCAUAACGAGCUUAUCAGAGGGAUUAGGUUUAGAAAUAAAGACUGAGCAACAUCAAGACUUCGUGCCGAGACCCGUAGGCAUCAUCGGCAUCGAGCACGGCGUCCAUUACUACGAAGACGGCCACUUUUGGAUGGAAGUACCCGGUCUGCCGCCCGAAGAGGACGACGAACUGGAAUUCCCCGAAUACAUCCCGCCCAAGUCCAGCAAAGUGAAAUUCUCCAAGGAUCCGAUGCGAGUUUAUUCAACGUUCAGUAUCAGCGAUUACGAUAGGAAGAACGAAGACGUCGAUCCGGUUGCCGCUUCCGCGGAAUAUGAGCUGGAGAAGAGGGUGGAGAAGAUGGACGUGUUUCCGGUGGAGCUGGUUAAAGGAUCCGAAGGAUUGGGGUUGAGCAUUAUCGGAAUGGGCGUAGGCGCGGAUGCUGGCUUGGAAAAAUUGGGUAUUUUCGUCAAAACCAUAACGACGAAUGGCGCAGCCGCGAAAGACGGGCGAAUUAAAGUCAACGAUCAAAUAAUAGAGGUGGACGGGAAAAGUCUAGUGGGCGUGACUCAGGCUUACGCGGCGAGCGUUUUAAGAAACACGUCUGGAUUGGUGAAAUUCAGCAUAGGCAGAGAAAGGGAUCCAGAAAACAGCGAAGUGGCUCAAUUGAUCAGGCAAUCGCUUCAGGCCGACAAGGAGCGCGAGGAAAGGCGGCAGAGGAUCUUGGAGGAGCAGCAGCAGCACAGCGAGGCUAGUACUGUCCAAUUAACAGGUUCAGGGAACACCAGCGUUAGCGACGGCCCAACAAGUCCACUUGUAAACCAAGAAACACUCUUCGACCAUGAACAAGAGAGCGUAGAUUCCCUUAGGGCUCUGCUAAUCGAGUUGAUGGAACAAAACGGCGUGAAACCGGAUGACUCUGAAAAAUUCGAACAAGCCAGCCAAAAAUUGAAAGAUACUGAAAGGAGCUUGCUGACGGCCAAAAAAGAAAUCCAAACGUACCAAAACAUGCUGGAACAAUCUCAAAUCCAAUAUCAAGCAUUAGAAAAAAAAUACAACAGAGCCAAGCACUUGGUCAGAGAGUUCCAACAACGUGAGCUCGAUAUGCUUCACAGGGAGGAUUUCUAUCAACAGUUACUACAAGAAAAGGAUACCGAAUACAAUUCGUUAGUUAAAACGUUGAAAGACAGAGUGAUAGCUUUAGAACAGGACUUAUUAGAUACUCAGAGGAAAGCUGGUUUACCGAUGGUUCUACCAUACGAUAAUAUCAAUAUAAAACAGUUGACGCCGCAAAUGUCGAGAAGGCAGCCGCCGAAACCGCUUUUUAAGCAGCUGCAAUCGGAUUUGUCAGACACCGAAAUGUCCGAUGCCAGUCCAGACGAUGAUAAGACUGCUACGGUCGAAAGGAAGUUGCCUAUUAAGGAGGAGUUCGAUAGGGCGGUGCCUCCGCACGAGUUGUUGGACAUUUCGGCUAGCAAGAGUAAGGCGGAGUUGGCUAAUAGAGGCGCGCUGGCUAACAGGCAAUUACCCAGUGUUAAGAAAGGCUCGCUCAGCAAUAGCAGCUCUGACUAUGGGCUGGACGAGAGCUAUAACUCUUCGGACGAAGUCACCGAUUCGGUGUUCACCCAAGUUAACGAAGUCAAACAGAAAUUGAACCAAAGCGUAGUUGUAACCCGACCCACCUCGUUCACCAACGCCACCACCCAACAAUUUGCUCAAUCACAAUACAAUACCGCCACCUCCACCCAGCACCAGCAGUUACAGCAAACGAAUCAAAAUUCCCAAUACUCAGUGCAAUAUACUCAGUUGCAGAAAUCAAACCAAUACAAUGCGACUAAUCAAAACUCUGUUCAAUCUUCGAGCGUCGUGUAUGCCAGCAUUCAGAAGGAAAACAACAAAUUCCAGCAGCCCAGUCCCGAUCCUUGGAGUCAAAAUGUAAAUAGAAGUAACAACGCGAUAGGGUGUCCGCCGCCUUCCUUGGCGGAGCAGCUAAAACAGGUGCUGGCAGAGAGAGAAAAACGACUUGGGUCUGAUAGUGUACAUAGUUCGACCGAUGAAUUAAAUGAAAAAACUAAAGAUGAUCCAGCGCAUCAUCUUUUAGAAGAAAUCAGACAGGCUGUGAAUGAAGCGAAUUCUAAAGUAAAGAGAGUUGUUCCCGUUACGUUAUCGCCCCCAGGUAGCGCGCCGUGGCAGCCGCAGGCCAGUAUGUCGCCGACGCCCCCGUCACCGUCGAGUCUCUCGUCGGGCUCCGUUUCGCCGUCGAGACACGAUUCGUCUUGGGCCAACACGGAUCUCAGUCUUUCUUCUUGCAGCAUAGCGAGCGAGAAGAGGAACCCUCAUUAUUGGCAGUCUACUCCGAUACUCGACUGGUCCAAAGACCAAGUCUGCAACUGGCUGAUAGCGGUGGGCAUGGAACAGCACGUUUCAAAAUUUGCAGAAUUGCAAGUCAACGGUAGCGCGCUCCUCCUACUGACCUCGGCCGACUUUAAAAUUUUAGGAAUCACGAGCGACGACAAGAGCCGAUUAAAAAGAAAAAUCAAGGAUCUCAAGUUUCAGGCGGAAAAGGAACGGAAGCAAAUGGAAAGAGACCGAAAGGAGAAGGAAAAACUACAAAGGAAAGCCGAUAAGGCGAGUAAAAAGAAAUGAAUCGCGGAAGCGGAAGAGAAAGAAAGAAUGUUUUGAUAUAACGGUUUUUUUUUUGUUGGAUGAUGGGAGUGUCGAAUUGGCAAGUUUAAAGGCCUCAUGGCUGGCAUUUUUGUGUCAGUGUUUUUUUUUUAUGUAGUAAUUGCUGUUAUCUGAUCUCAGCAAUGCAUAAAGGAUAUUGAACACCAAUCUAGCAAAAAAAAUCAAUAAUUAUUUUUGUGUGUAUGUUGCCAACUCGACACUAAAAUUCUGUGACAUAUUGAUUGGUAUAUUUUAAUUAUCAAUUAAAGCCAUAAUUUUAUUGUAAAAAGUAAUAAGAAAUAGGUUUUACUUUUUAUUCUUCUGUCAUUAUGUACCUAUCGAUUAUUUUUGUACUUUCGAUGCAAGGAGAUUAUGUCAUGUAUAUUUAGAAUUAAGUUAUAGGUUUUGGGGAAGAUUUUACAUAAUUGAACAAAAUUAAGCCAUAUUCGAGCGGUCAACUGGUUUAAAUAUAUUUCAUGUGGUUUGAAAACAAUUUUAACUAUUCUCAUUUGAGUGACCAAACAAUGAUAUCACCUUGAAUUAGGUUUAAACCAGCUGCAUUUGUUUUUGAAACGUUUCAUUAAGAAAAUUCAAGGAAAUAAGAAAUGUCAUUAAUGUCAAAAAUAGAGCAUAGCUUACAAAAUAAAAUUAAUGAUAAAAAAGAUGAUUUAUAUGAUGGUUAUAAAAAAAAUGCAUAAUUAUGAAGGAUAUAAUUUUUCAUAAAACUCUGGUAAUAUAUGACAUAUGAGGCAAAAAAUUAUCUGUUGCUAGAGAUUUACACUCACAAAUCGUUAACUGUUAGUGACAUCACUAUUUUAAAACCAUCUGAGUGCUUUCAAAAUCUAUGACGUAGUAUUAAAACUGGUUCUAAAAGUUGUUGAAAAUAUUUUUAUACCAAAGAGACCGCUCGAAUAUGGCUAUAAUUUUCUGUCCAUUUUGCGUUAAUACUUCUAAAUGUCAAAUAUGUCAUCGUUGUCGACAUGUCAUAUGUCAAAAAAUAUUGUCGACAAUCGAUGGUGUUUUUUAAGAAUCCAUAGACGUACAUGUGAGUCCUUCCUGAAAUACGUUUUGCAAUAUUAUUUUCUAAGCAUUGCUCAUUUUAGAUGUAUUUGAUACGAAACACGUAGACGGUUAUUUCUUAUUACUUUGUACUUUGGUUCUUCGUACAAAAGUAUUGAUCAUUUCGAGAGUGCCAGCUAAUGUAAGAUUUAUUGUUCCUUAAUCUUGUCAAAUAUACCUAAGUUAAAAAAGAAUAAUGUAUGGAUUUGUACUUUAGAAGAAAAAACAAACAAAAGUAUGGUGUAUUAUAUAUAUAAUUUACUCGUUUUAGUAUAAUAUAUGAACUGUAUAUAUAUAAUUGACUUUCGUUUCAAUGAUAUGUGGACUGGAAUGGUUUUUAUGAUUUUUUUGAUAUAUAUAUACAAAUAUGUACAGGAUGGUCGAAAGCAUGACAUAAGUAAUUUAUGUACAGGACUUUUCACUAUGUCUAAUUGAAGCUUAUAGUGAAAUACCCUGUAGAUGUUAAAAAUAUAUUAAACUCCAUUUUUUUCUAAUCAGGGCAUGUUUUAUCUAAUUAAAAAUGUAUCUUAAAAUACUUGCAACGUUACUCAAAGUCAAAAUAUAUGCAUUUUGUUAAAUAAAUUAAUAUACAGUAUGGGGAAUCUUUUAGGUAUGUUAUGAAAUUUCCAAUUAAACUUUAAAAUUUAAAACUAUAUUUUAUGAUCGAUAUGUAUUUUUUGCAAAAAAAAUAGGUAAUUCGUAUACCUAUAUUUUGACGCAUUUUUGUAUUUCAAAGUGAAUAAGAUGAUUUCAGUUCUAGUAUCGUUGAAACGUCCAAUAUUUAAAAUAAAAGUGUGUAUGUUUUAGAAGCAUUUAAACCUAAAUAUACUUAAAAAGCUAAGUAUGGUUAUUCCUGUCUACUACAAUUUUUUAUGGACUUUUUUUAUUCGAUGAAUUUCUCCAGUGACUUACUGUUUCUUCUUAUCGUUUUUUUCUUCUAGUUUUUAUACUAUAUUUAAGGUUUUAAUUUAUUAAAUCGUCGAUUUUGAUUAUAUGUAAUUAAAAUCGUUUCAUUACUAACUUUGUGAUAAUCACGUUUUUGUAUUUUUGUUUUUUAAUUUCGAAAUCGAAGUAAUGUGAUCGUUUUUAAGAUAUUUUUUUUUUUUUAAUUUAUUGGACUAUGUUGAAUAUUGUUUUUCUUAUGUUCGAUUUUAUUAUUCAAUGUUUUUAUAUAUACGAUAUUUUUUUAUUUCCCCUAUUUGGCUGCUACUUUUACUCCAUCAUUUUUAAUUACACUGGUUAUUUAUUGUAUGUAAAAGUCAGAAAAUACUUUGAUCAAUCAUUUACAUAAACUACACUCGAAACAUCAAUUAAACUGUAUUUAAUUGAAAACUAAAUUAUUUGAAGGUAAUAAAAACUUUUCAAAUAUAUAUUUUUUUAUUUUCUUAACUAGUGUUGAAAGUUAUACUUUUCUACACGUAUGACUUGGGAAUUAGAUUUUUAUAUGGCUAUCUAUAAAAUAAAAUUUAAAUAUUUCUAUGGGCGAAUUCAAGAAAAGCCCAUGCCCCAAAUUUGCGCUCCUAAAUAGUUUGAUUAAAUUUUUUCAAGAAAAGAUGUCAAACUAAUUUACUUGACAUACGGGAACAAAACAUAACAAAUGCUUGCAAGGGAAAUACUCUUAUUUGAAAGUCAUGCAAAAAAUAAUUUCAAACUUGAGCUUUUUUCCGGCCUGCAGUGAGCUGAUUAAGAGUUUGGGGUGGUUUGGGCAGUCUGAUGAACAUCUGGG